UGCUUUUGUCAAAAGCUGUGUGACAUUUGGUUUCAGCGUUGGCGUAAACUUUUUGACGCCGACGAAGACGGAAAUAUCACUCUUGAGAAGUUUUGUGACGUUCUGGGACUCAGGGUGCAUGAGGUACUAGACGAACGUCGGGCUACAAUAGCAACAAACGAAGGACAGUUUCGUCUUGGACCGGACGUGGAAGAACUAGCAUCCAGCAUGCCCCUCGGCAGUCGAAUCAAUAUUAGCAACGAGGCUCGUGCACUCAUGAAAGACCCCGAGGGCUUGUCAAUGAGCGAAGUGGCCAGACGUUUGAAAGUGCAUUUGGACGAACAAUACGAGCGGUGUUGGCAGGUGGUCAUUACGAAAGGGUCAUUCUGGAUGCACUUUUCCCAUAUUGCUGAACCCUCUUUCCAGUUUCGCCUGUUUGAUCACAUUUUUCUCAUAUGGCGCACACCUGCCGACACA